CUUUGGCUGGUCUCGAGAGCUUCAGGUUGUGGUGUUUUCCAGAUGACAGGGAGCUGUUCAGCUGUCCUUGUUCAAGUAGUGCUUCGUCAGCGGCACUUGAUCGACUACAACCCUAACCCUGGUUUUGGACCCAUCUUUUGCCUGCCGACCUCGUUCCUUCCUCUUCCGACAGCUACGCUCCCACCUCAAGUUCCUAGUGUUAUGGGCGGAAACUUUGAAACCGAAUGAAGCCAAUCAAGGUAGCCGCAAAAUCUAACAACAGUUGUUCCUUCCAACUUAGAAGAUGGCUUGUUCCGCACCUAGCCGUCCAGUGUCCGAUUGCUCGGAUGACAUCCCGAAUCCUGACCAUCGGGCGUCUUUCAACCCCAAAGGUCGACCUUGCCUUCGACAACUUGAGAACCUGGGCUCCCAAGUGUGCACACCCGAACCAAAAUUGGAGUCAUAUCUUUUCCUCGACGUUCUUUCCUUUUUCUCCAGUUCUUCAGUACUUACGUGCAAUGCACUCAUCUACCUCGACGCUUCGCCUCCAGUUUCCUACGCUAGUCGACUAUCAUCAAUACACCAUUCACUACCAGUCCGGGAGAGUUGACUCAAUCGCCAGGCUAGUCGUCCCCCAUUGCAGCUCACACCCGGCCACGUCGAGCACGGUUCUCUCUUCCCGCCUUGUCAUGGUAGACUUCCAGGUCACUCGUUGAUCAGCUCUUCUCUGGCCAAGAAGGUCGCAAUCCGGGCGUGCACUCGUUUGAUUCACUGCCUCCUGUCGCUUCUGCCCCAUCAGCUU